ACACCAACCUCUCGUACAUCGGAGAGGGCGCCUACGGCAUGGUUUGCUCUGCUUACGAUAAUCUCAACAAAGUUCGAGUUGCUAUCAAGAAAAUCAGCCCCUUUGAGCACCAGACCUACUGCCAGAGAACCCUAAGAGAGAUAAAAAUCUUGCUGCGUUUCAGACAUGAGAAUAUCAUCGGCAUCAAUGACAUCAUCCGGGCACCAACCAUUGAGCAAAUGAAAGAUGUAUAUAUAGUACAGGACCUCAUGGAGACAGAUCUUUACAAGCUCUUGAAGACACAACACCUCAGCAAUGACCAUAUCUGCUAUUUUCUGUAUCAGAUCCUGAGAGGAUUAAAAUACAUACAUUCAGCUAAUGUUCUGCAUCGUGACCUCAAGCCUUCCAACCUCCUGCUGAACACCACUUGCGAUCUUAAGAUCUGUGACUUUGGCCUUGCCCGUGUUGCAGAUCCGGAUCAUGAUCACACAGGGUUCUUGACAGAGUACGUAGCCACACGUUGGUACAGAGCUCCAGAAAUUAUGUUGAAUUCCAAGGGUUAUACCAAGUCCAUUGAUAUUUGGUCUGUGGGCUGCAUCCUGGCAGAGAUGCUCUCCAACCGGCCUAUCUUCCCAGGGAAGCACUACCUUGACCAGCUGAAUCAUAUCCUGGGUAUUCUUGGAUCUCCAUCACAGGAAGAUCUGAAUUGUAUAAUAAAUCUAAAAGCUAGAAACUACUUGCUUUCUCUCCCACACAAAAAUAAGGUGCCAUGGAACAGGCUGUUCCCAAAUGCUGACUCUAAAGCUCUGGACUUAUUGGAUAAAAUGUUGACAUUCAACCCUCACAAGAGGAUUGAAGUUGAACAGGCUCUGGCCCACCCAUACCUGGAGCAGUAUUAUGACCCAAGUGAUGAGCCCAUUGCUGAAGCACCAUUCAAGUUUGACAUGGAAUUGGAUGACUUACCUAAGGAGAAGCUCAAAGAACUCAUUUUUGAAGAGACUGCUAGAUUCCAGCCAGGAUACAGAUCUUAAAUUGGUCAGGACAAGGGCUCAGAGGACUGGACGCGCUCAGAUGUCGGUGUUCCUCCCAGUUCUUGACCCCUGGUCCUGUCUCCAGCCCGUCUCAGCUUACCCACUCUGACUCCUUUGAGCUGCUUGGAGGGGCAGCUUCUGGUAGUAGUGGCUUUUAUACUUUCACAGAAUCCCUUCAUCCAGAGAUGUCUUCUGGCACCAGUGCCCUGCAGCAGCGAGCACUUCCAGUGCCCUCACUGCCUACUGUCGUUUAGUCACUGACUGCUUUCUGGUUUGAAAGAUGCAGUGGUUCCUCCUUCCUUGAACCCUUUCUGCGUACGUGUCACCCUGCUGAACCAUGCAGCCUCACCAGAGCGGAGUCUUUCCAAGCUGGCCAGUCACUGGCAUCUCGCUUUACAGUGAGGAAUGCUAUUACAUAAGGCACUUUAAGUCAGUGACAGCUCCAAAUUUGCACUUCAUCUGUUGACUAGUAAACUGUACCCAGAACAGGAGCUUGUGGACACCCCUGGAUGGUAUUGCAGCUUCAGGGGCAGGCACUUCUGUCACGGGAGUCCUUUGGGGACAUUUUUCUGUGUCUCAUGUUAGUCCCAUAUUUAAGGUAUGUACUAUUUGCCCAGCUUGUAAAACAAUUGGAUCACUAUUCUAGGAAGCACUGCACCAGCAGUGUUGAUUCUAAAGGUUCCCUAAAGUUACUUCUGUUGUAAUGGAGGUGUAACACUUGCCAAAAUGUUACAUGCUGUCCUUGGCCAGAGAUUUAAAGUAACAGUUCUGCUUGUCAUUUGCUGCAAGAUGCACAAGCACUAAACUGUAGAAGUUUCUGGUGAAGUAGAGAGCAAGCUGACCUAGAUGUUCGGGGUGGAGCUCCAUAUAUGCCUUGAGCUGUUUUACACGGAAGGCUGAUUUUGUAACCACAUUCACUGCCUUGGGGUUUAGUUAAGAGGAACACUGCGUCUUAAAAUGAGAAAGUGUACAGUUCUUCUCCUACAGCAUGUCGGCAUCUCAAGCUCACUUUUCAGUGGUAUAAUGACUUAUAAUAAAGCCUUCAUGAGCUGUCAUCAUGAAGCUCUGUUCUGUUGCCAAGUAUUGAGGUGUUUCUGGUACUGCUGAGUUAAUGUCAUAAAAGGCUAGCAGUAACUGUGUUCGAGCUCUCUCCUAUUUCCUGAUCUAUUUUGUUCUGCGCUGUGUGCUGUGGAGUUGAUGGUGUUAUCCCAGUACAGUGCCUCCUGACCCCCUCACUGCUCUCUGAUGAGAAGUUUGCCUUGUUCAAUACUUACUGUGCCCUUGCAUGACUGUUAAGGCUUUCUGUGCAGAGAUCACUGUCCAAGUGUCACAUCCUAUGAUUGAGCAAAAUCUAUUGUGACCUCUGAAUUGUAUUCCACAGAGACUGCUAUCCAGAAGAUGAUUUAGGAGAGAUAAUUCUAGUGUUAGCUUUUCAUUUCUCAUCUGUCUUUUUUUCCCCCAUGAUUUUUGACAGCACCGGAGAAUGGGUUCUAUAAAGACUGCCUGCUAGUAUGAACAGAAUGCACUUGUAACUCAUGGAAAUAAAUGUACAUCUUUAUCUUUACAACGAUGAUAUUAUUCAGUGUUGAUUUCCUCUGGAUCAGUGUGUCUUAAGUGGAUAGUCACAAUCAAUUUAUAAUUUGUGCUUCAGGCAAAAAUGUUCAUGGGCCUCACUCCACUCCUCCCCACCCCCACCCCUGCACUGCCCCACACAUCUGUUUAUGUAAGAUGGCUUAGAAAGAUCAUUUCAGCCAGGUGUUGUAUACUUUUAAUCCUAGCACUCAGGAAGGCAGAGGCAGAUGGAUCUCUGAAUUGGAAGACAGCUGGGACUACAUAGGCCCUCCUCAAGCCCCCCCCCCCCAAAAAAAUAGAAAGGUUCUCUCCUCACCCUCUGAGCAGCAAAUGAUUCUGACAUAGCCCUCUCAAUAUUACAGGUGUUAAGUAGUCAGAUGGUGAUGAUGACACACAAACAUGCCAGGUUGGAAGCUCUGGUUCCCUCUGAAAAGGGCCUUCUGCCUGUGUAUCCUAAAGCUGUGGGAAGGGCUAUUCAAUAGUACCCAUGGUGUCUGCUACUGGGUUCAGUGUGACACUCCCCUCACCUGGCUAAAGCGUGGCUGACUCUUCAGAAACCAGAUCUCGAUUCUUCCUAAGUCCCUGCUUUUCACUUCCACACAUGAAGCCCACCCUGCACUAAAAGAUGCAGAAUCUACUUUUAUUGAUACACUAGUAAUGAGUUUUCUUCUCUUCUCUUUUUUUAAGCAUUGACAGUUUUCCUACUUGUCUCUUUAUGUUUCUUGAAAAAGGAGGUAUUCACAUUACAUUUUGAGAUUAAUUUGCAGUCUUCUAAAUAAGGAAACCAUAGCCUCAUCAUCAAGGGGACUGAGCUCUCUGCGCUGCCCCUUUCUGGUACUGUGAGGUGAGAUUGGUGUUGAAACCACUCUCUGCAUCCUAGAGUCACUAUACCACAAUUAGUGCAGCUAUGUGCAUGGCAAAUGACACACCAGAGAGCCAUAGAGCCAGUGUAACUGUGGUAACUGGUAGCUGUCCUGUGUAGUCACACUCAUUGCUUUGGUUCUUCUCACAUUUCUAAAGAUACACUGACAUUGAGCACCUCCAUUAUGUACAUACAUAGGCAAGCUGUCAGGUGGUGGGUUUUUCCAUGUCUUGAAAUAUGAGCAGAACACUGGUGAGAACAUGCUGCUCCUUUACUUUGUAUGAAGAAGACGCCUGCUCAACAAUCCGAGAGAGACUGGUGAGAGUUGUGCGUAGGGUUGAGGCCUCUCCGUAAAGAGCUGUGUGGUGCAUGUGUGCUCUCUCACGCCAUUCCUCCUCCUGUGAGCAGGGCAGGGUAGUGGGGUGGAGGUGACUGUUAGCUGUGUCUGCGGAAUCACAGAGGUCCAUCACCCACACUGCAUGCCACAUAGUGUUCAGACCACUUAGAGGAGACUUUCAUCUGCUUAUGAUUAACACUUACAUUAAUAUUAAUAGUUACAUUUGAAUUUUGGUGACUUAUAUAGUAUGGUAACAGUAUGUUAAUACAAUUCACAUAUGCUUUGGGUCCUUGAUAAUUCUUUUAUAUUUGUAAAUCAGUGUUUUGGAGCAAUCCCAAGUUUAAGGGAAAUAUUUUUGUAAAUGUAAUGGUUUUGAAAAUCUGAGCAAUUCUUUUGCUUACACAUUUUUAAAGCAUUUGUGCUUUAAAAUUGUGCUGGUGUUUGAAACAUGGUCCCUAUGGCCCAGAUGAGACAUGUGGAGUGGGGUAAAUAGUAUGACAUCUCAGACUGUGUCCAGCUUGAUAUGGUUGAUCAACAGCAGUGGGAUCCAGAGUCUCUAGGGUUGCACCGGGUUUACCUAAAGCUUGUUGCCCUGUUUUUUGUGCCAUUUAUCCCUGUGGAACACUCCAGAAGGUUCUUACAUUGCUUUGUAUCUGCUUUGUACUGUUGGUACCUUUUUGGUAUUGUAUCCCAAACUGCAUAGAUAUUUAGAAUAAUGGUAAGUUUAAAAAAUAAAUGUUGAAGGAAGAUUUUA